AUGCGAUGGUGUCCCCACGGGAUCAAAUUUCAGCGUCGCAGCUGGGGACUGGCUUCGCGGUCCUUGAGGGGAGAGCAUGAGCAGGUGAAGCCCUUGGAGACCAACUCUUCCAAAGUCAAAGUUAAGUCCACCAUGAUGAUUCCUGACUCCCAGAAGCUCCUGCGCUGCGAACUGGAGUCACUCAAGAGCCAGCUACAGGCCCAGACCAAGGCUUUCGAGUUCCUAAACCACUCAGUGACCAUGUUGGAGAAGGAGAGCUGCCUGCAGCAAAUCAAGAUCCAACAGCUUGAAGAGGUUCUGAGUCCUAUGAGCCGCCAGACAGAGAAGGAGGGACACAAGUGGGGCAUGGAGCAGGGACGGCAGGAGCUGUAUGAGGCCCUAGCUCAAGGCCUGCAGGGACUACAGAAGACCCUGCGUGACAGCGAGGAGGUGCAGAGGGCCCGCACCACUCGCUGCCUGCAGCUGCUGGCCCAGGAGAUCCGGGACAGCAAGAAGUUCCUGUGGGAGGAGCUGGAGCUGGUGCGGGAGGAGGUGACCUUCAUCUAUCAGAAGCUCCAGGCUCAGGAGGACGAGAUCACAGAGAACCUGGUGAACAUCCAGAAGAUGCAGAAGACACAGGUGAAGUGCCGCAAGGUCCUGACCAAGAUGAAGCAGCAGGGGUAUGAGACAUCCAACUGGCCGGACACUGAGGAGAUGCCACCAGGAGGCAGAGGCUCCUGGAGGGAUGACCUCCAAAAGGAGCUGAGUGACAUAUGGUCUGCUGUGCACUUGCUGCAGAACUCCUUUGAUGGCUUCACCAUGUCCUCAGGCCUCCCCAGGGCCUUGAACCUCAGGGGCUACAAAGGGCACCGAGGCCUGAGCCCUCUGUUCCUCUCCUGGGACUCAGACUCAGACCAGGAUCCUUCCCAGCCACCACUCAGCAAGAGCCGCUCCUUCCCAUCUGCCUGAGCAGCCGGGACUGCUCUCCCUGAA